AAGAGAAAGAGAACUACCCUCCUCCACAGGAAAAAUAAUUAAAGAAACCCAACUUUUUUUUUCUUUUCCGUUUUGUUUCUUCCCCAUAAAAUGUGCGAGCCGGAGGAAGACAACGCGUGUCCUUCGCCGCCAAAACAACAGCAGCAGGGGAUAAUGGAUAUGGAUUAUCUGGAUCUGGAUUCUUCCUGGCCCUUGGAUCAGUUGACUUUCCUUUCUAAUCCCACCUCUCCUUUUAUCAUACCCUCUUCUUCCGAGCAGCCAUGUUCUCCUCUCUGGGCUUUCUCCGAUGAAGAUACUAAGUUCGGGCCUGCCGCCGCUGCCGGUUACAAUCUUUUUGUCAAGUGUACUCCCAAUCCUGUAAAUGAAAAUGCUAAGGAGGGCAAUGAUAAUAGAAGGCUGCCAUCUCCAUUUUUGGGAUUGCUGCCCCUUGAAAACCCAGAUAGUUAUUGUGUUAUUAAAGAGAGGAUGACUCGGGCACUGCGUUACUUCAAGGAAUCAACUGAACAACAUGUUCUAGCGCAGGUUUGGGCACCUGUAAAGAAUGGGGGUCGGUAUGUUCUAACAACUUUGGGGCAACCCUUUGUCCUUGAUCCACAUAGCAAUGGAUUGCACCAGUACAGGAUGGUUUCUUUGAUGUACAUGUUUUCAGUGGAUGGAGAGAGUGAUGUUGAGCUCGGACUUCCUGGCCGUGUUUUCCGGCAAAAAUUGCCGGAAUGGAGUCCAAAUGUACAGUAUUAUUCCAGCAGAGAGUAUUCACGGCUUGAUCAUGCUCUGCUAUACAAUGUUCAGGGAACCUUGGCGUUGCCAGUCUUUGAACCUUCUGGACAGUCUUGUGUGGGUGUUGUUGAACUCAUAAUGACUUCACAGAAGAUUAACUAUGCACCCGAGGUUGAUAAAGUAUGCAAAGCGCUUGAGGCAGUGAAUCUGAAAAGUUCUGAAAUAUUGGAUCAUCCAAGCACCCAGAUUUGCAAUGAAAGUCGCCAAAGUGCACUGACUGAUAUUUUGGAGAUUUUGACAGUGGUCUGCGAAACUCACAAACUACCCCUGGCUCAGACUUGGGUCCCUUGCAAGCAUCGCAGUGUUUUGUUCCAUGGCGGUGGUCUAAAGAAAAGCUGUACAAGCUUUGACGGUAGCUGCAUGGGACAAGUUUGCAUGUCAACAACUGAUGUGGCAUUCUAUGUUGUAGAUGCUCACAUGUGGGGUUUCCGGGACGCUUGUCUUGAGCAUCACCUACAAAAGGGUCAGGGGGUUGCUGGGAGGGCAUUUUUAUCACUCAACUCGUGCUUUUGCUCAGACAUUACCCAGUUCUGCAAAACCGAGUAUCCUUUAGUACAUUAUGCUCGCAUGUUUGGAUUAACCAGCUGUUUUGCAAUCUGCUUACGGAGUACUUAUACCAGAGAUGAUGAUUACAUUAUCGAGUUUUUUCUGCCCCCUGCUAUUGCCGACCGCAAUGAACAACAGACUUUAUUGGGCUCCAUACUGGCAACGAUGAAGCAGCAUUUCCAAAGUCUUAAGGUUGCUUCUGGAGCUGAACUGGAAGAUCAUGAAGGAUCUAUUGAAAUCAUUGAAGCCUCUUCAGAAGAAAGGCUUGAAGCAAUUCCAAUUCAUCCAUCUGUGAAGUCGCCACCCGAGAAUAACCCCUCACCCAACCGAGAAGAAGGGCAAUUAGACUCUUCAAAGCAGCGAUUAACUGUGAAUUUGGACUCUGCAACUCGUGGAGCUGACCUUGUUGCUAGUGGAAGCCACAAUCUUGUUUGUCCUCAGCAGAAUAAAGACAUUAAAAAACCAGAGAGAAAACGCGGGAAAACUGAGAAAUCGAUUAGUCUGGAGGUGCUCCAACAGUACUUUACAGGGAGUCUCAAAGAUGCUGCAAAGAGCCUUGGUGUUUGUCCUACAACAAUGAAGCGCAUCUGCAGGCAGCAUGGGAUAUCCCGGUGGCCGUCUCGUAAGAUCAACAAAGUCAACCGUUCCCUCACUAAGCUAAAACAUGUUAUUGAAUCUGUACACUGCGCUGAUGGAGCAUUUGGUUUAACUUCACUUGCCAAGAAUCCACUACCUGUUGGUGUUAAUUCCAUUUCGUGGCCGAAUGGGUCCAAUCAACAAAACUCACCAAACUCUAUACCUUUUGAACAUCAAGGUGAAAGAAAUGAUUCACCAAAAUGUUUGACACCGGGAAGUAAUGGACAUGUUUUAGUGGAAGAUCAAUUGUUGGGAGGGAGGACAUUGAGCCCAGAAGAACAUUUCCCUCGGCAGAAUGGAUUUUCAUCAGACUUUGAUAAAGGGAUAAAGAGAUCCAAAACAGGGAGUGGCUCUAGAGAAGAGAGUGCUGGGACGCCAACUUCUCAUGGUUCAUGUCAAGGUAGCCCUGGAAUUGAAAGUGCUGCUACUAAGGCUCCGCAGCAAUGCUUUAAAGCACACGGCUCUCCCGAGCUGGCCUUCCAACAUCCUUUAAGGGAUCAGAAUAUAUCAGCCACGUUCUCAAUGCCUACAGCUCUUGUGACCGCAGAACCCGAAGAGCCAUUCGGAGGUAUGCUAGUGGAAGACGCUGGAAGUUCUAAAGACUUGAGAAACCUUUGUACUUCAGCGGCAGACAUUGGCAUUGAUGAGCGAUUUCCAGAAUCUAGUUGGACGCCACUUCCAUGUUCUGAUCCGGCUCUUAAGCAAGCCAUGGCCACCUUUACUCACUCAACAACACCCCAUGUGAUAGCAAGGCAUGAAACGGAGAAUGUGACCAUUAAGGCUACUUACAGAGAAGAUAUAAUUAGAUUCCGGAUCUCCUUACGUUCCGGUAUCGUGGAAUUAAAAGAGGAAGUAGCCAAGAGGCUGAAGCUAGAGCUAGGUACCUUUGAUAUCAAAUACCUGGAUGAUGAUAACGAGUGGGUUUUGAUAGCUUGUGAUGCCGAUCUCCAGGAAUGCGCAGAUGUUUCGAGAUCAUCGGGCAGCAAUAUCAUUAGAUUGUCUGUUCAUGAUGCCAUGGGCAAUCAAGGGAGUUCUUGUGAGAGCACUGGUGAGUUAUAAUUAGGCUGUAGAUAUAUUAUUAUAUUGGUGUAAUGUCCUAGAAUUAUAGGAGGGUGAAAGUGCAGAUUUUGGUUCCAAGAGCUUCCUCAAGUGUAAGAAACUUUCUUUUUUGAUCUUUUAUGAUAGGUGGUUUAAUAUUGUAACUUGGCAAUCCAUUUCCAUUCUUAAUA